AUGUUUAGUCGAUCGCGGAAGGGACCGAAGGGUUACGGAAGUGCCAGCGCUGCUGCCUACGCUGAUUCCCCUGGGCUUAGGAGGGACGCUCAUUUCGGUUUGCUUGACCCCUUGGGGCGUGCCAGUCCCAAGUUACCCAAGUACUCUGCGACAGGGGCCAACCACUACGAACUGGAUGGUUCAGUAUCAAUUGAAAAGGCCAAAUCGAUAGCUACCGGCACUUUUCGUGGACCUGCCCACCGUUCCAACGCUUCUAUCAGCUCGGGGCGAUCUUCCGAAAGCACAUCACACACCAUUCGCACCGCCGCCACCAUGACAACCAACACCGACAGGAGGGGAAAUCGACGCGAACGGACUUUUGUGGGGAGCGAAUGCGCCGUUUGUGAAGAACCCCUCGAACAUACUCUCCGGGGUGAACGGAUUCUACAAUUCUCAUGUUCCCAUGUUUCUCAUGAGGCGUGUUUCUAUGAGUUUAUCCGGGAGUUUGAAUCCCAAUACUGCCCGACAUGCAAUGCGCCACUACAUCUAGAUACGAGCCGUGGUGGUAAUGUUUUGGAUAUCGAGAAGAUUAGCCAUCUGGUGCGAUCGGCGUCUGUCAGUGAUACGAGGUCGAAUCACACACCGACGCCGACACCAACGCCACACUGGGAUGCCCAAACGGAGUCGAGCCAACGACAGGCCUCGGUUCACGGGAGGGAUGGUGCGGCACGGGGAAGCGCCAGGGACCGAGACGGACCUUCGUCCGGACGUUACGGGCCAUCGACAAGACAUGCUCGCAGCGACAGCGAAACGACCGGCGUUGCUUCUUCUGGGGGAUACCCGGAAACGGCGCACACCCAGAAUGGACAGGCGCCCCGGCGCCACGAUUUCGACGUCCAAGCCAUGGAAACGACCCCGGCUAGCCCUCGGGGAAUCACCCGGAACCCGAUUCCAACUCCCACCGUGACAGUGCGCUCCGAGUUCCCAACCAUCAAUAGAUCGAGGCAACAGCAAACGUUGACCUGCCUGGUCACCGUGGAAGUUCCCGAUACCAAGUGGAGGCCGGAUCCAGAAGACCUAGGCGCCGCGCCUCCCAUCCCCCCAAUCUCGGCAAAGAUCGAAGACACCUUCGCACGGCCACCGUCUCCCGCCCGGAGUGCACCGCGUUUUUAUCCAUACGAGUCAGCUGAGGUUUUGGAAGAGAUCACGGAGAACUUGAGAAACCGAGUCGACAACUGGCACGGCCUUGACCUCGGAAAGUUUGGCAAACUACGACUGUACGGCACGCUGAGAGUUGGCAAGGACAAGGUCUCCUGGCAGGAACUCGAGUGCUUCCUAUUCGCCGAGAUGCUCAUUUGUGUAAAGGAGAAAAGGAUCGCACAGCAUGCCAAUCAGUGGGACGAGAACGGGCAGCCGAAGAAGGCGACGCGAUGUACCCUCAAAGGCUCUAUCCUCAUCAAGAAGCAUCUGAACGAGGUUUCCGAGACGGGAAACAUUGACGAGAACAUUCUCACCCUCAGCCUGUCUGUUGCCGAGCUCCCCCAGUUCCAUUUGCGAUUCGAAAAUCGGAACCAGUUGAAACUCUGGCAACAAGCACUGCUCGACUUGAACGCCGUGGAGACGCCGCCUGUUCGGAGUCCGGAGUACGACCGUGGCGAGUACUCCGAAACAGAAGAGGAAGAAUGGCAACGGGCACGCCCCCAACGAGUGUCAUCGUCAGCAACGUCGUCUUGGGGUGGCGCCAGGUCGGUCAACACUGCGCCGACCGAGUACACGACGUUGCAAAAGAGCAUCCCUUCAACAAUCCAUGUUCCCAUAGACGUGGUCGUGGUUGUGCCGAUUUCGUCCUCGAUGCAAGGAGUCAAGAUUAACCUCGUUCGCGAUGCUCUGAGGUUCAUGAUUCACACUCUGGGCGACCGAGACCGCAUGGGUCUAGUGACCUUCGGGUCUGGAGGCGGCGGUGUGCCUCUGGUUGGCAUGACCACCAAAGCUUGGCCGGGCUGGAGCAAUAUCUUGUCUUCGAUCAAGCCGAUCGGCCAGAAGAGUCACAGGGCCGACGUGGUAGAGGGUGCCAAUGUGGCCAUGGACCUGCUCAUGCAACGCAAGUACAACAACGCCAUUGCGACCAUCAUGCUUAUCAGCGAUGCCUCAACCUCCGACGCCGACAGCGUCGACUUUGUGGUGUCGAGAGCUGAAGCUGCCAAGAUCACGAUCCACUCGUUCGGAUUAGGAAUGACCCAUAAACCAGACACCAUGAUCGAACUGUCAACACGGACCAAGGCUUCCUACACCUACGUCAAAGAUUGGAUGAUGCUUCGGGAAUGCCUCGCCGGCUGCCUCGGGGCCAUGCAGUCGUUAUCUCAUCAGAACGUCAAGCUCAAACUCAAGCUGCCCGAAGGGUCCCCUGCCAAGUUCCAUAAGAUCAGUGGUGCCCUCCAAAUCACGAAGCGAGCCACAGGCCGGGACGCCGAGGCUUCUCUUGGUGAUCUCCGGUUUGGGGACAAGCGUGAUAUUCUCGUCCAACUGGUCAUCGUGCCCGAUAACGCAUCCCAGGAGCAGCUUCCGCAGGACCCCUGGGACAACAUUGUCUCCGGUCUCGAGGCUCUGGGUGGGUCAAUGGAGGGAGACGAGCAGAGGGUCGCUUCGGUUGAGGAAGUGCCUCUAAUCCAGGCCGACCUGGCUUGGGGAGAUAUACUGAGGGACGGAACUCUUUCCCAUCUGCCGCGACCGACGCUGCUGGCCAUCACAAUGCUACCCGCGCAGUCGUCGAAGCAGAAGAACUCGUGGACAGGUUCACCCCCCAUCCCACCCCACCCGAGCAUCGUGCAGCGCCGGAUGGAGCUUCUGACGUCGGACAUGCUCACCCGGGCAUUGACCCUCGUGUCACGAGGUCAGCAUGACCGAGCGCACACCCUUCUCAACGAGACGCGAUCGAUCCUCAAGGGGCUCGGCAAGGGGGGUUUACCGCCCGUCCCUCCAAUGCCUGGCUCGAGAUCUCAACCCUCAACGCCACACCCGGGCAACGAGAGCUCAUCGGCUUCCGGUACGCCUGACAGGAAGCACUCGCCCUCGCCUACGCAGUCGGUACAUUCAUCUGCCAUGGAUCGCUUCCCGGCCCCUGGCAUUGGGCGCACCCGCUCAACUGACGGCCUCGGCCUGUGCUCUGGCAUCGACGCAAGCACGGUUUCGGCGCUCGACAACGAGCUCGAAAAUAGCCUCGAGUGGAUCAAUCACCCUGCGGUCUUUGGGCGGGACAGUCGAAAAGCUGUCCUCCAAGCCAUUGGCGUCAUCAGUUCCCAGCGUGCCUUCACCUUCCGGACGCCCAUCGAAUCCAUCUGGGCGAGUCGCGUUAGUGGCGCCAAGCGACUGACGGAAAGGAGUCGCGAGUGGAGAGACGAGGGCGGGGGCGAAGGCGGCAUCAUGGAAGAAGCGUGA